AUGUAUCGAAUUUCGACAGACUCGUCACCAAACAUGAGAUCCAAUCCAGAUCUCGAAGAUGAGCGCAAGGCUCAGCCUGCUUUCGCAAUCAAAGAGUGCUACAGCGACUCCACCCUCGGAAACGCUCUCGACUUCUCCACACCUCGACAUCCAAAUCUAUCAAGAUCCCACUCCACGUUGGCAUCAACACUCAACGCCACACGACCCGUCGAAAUUCCAGAACCGGUGCUCCAGGCCCUCGAGACCCGGCAGCUGGACAUCGAUCACCAUGGCGUAGUAAGCUGGCGUGAUGACAGCAUAACGCAUCCUCGCCACUGGCCCAUGCCACGAAAGCUGUACGACACAGCCAUCAUCUGUAUACUGGAGUUCCUCACGACGCUGAUCAGCAACACCGGAUCUUCAGCCGCCAGGUACGCCAGUAAGGACGUUGGUGUUGAAACAGAACUCUCCAUCUUCUGCUUCGUGACGCUCUAUCUUCUGGGACAAUCCGUAGGAGGCCUGAUCUUCCCGCCCAUAGCAGAGACAUUCGGUGGAAGGACGAUCUAUGUUGCAGCCACCGGUGCUUUCGCAAUAUCAUGUAUGCUAAUGGGUGCGAGUCCGACGUUGCCGGCCGUGAUUAUCGGCCGAACUUUGUCUGGUGUUUUCUCUGCGCUUCCCACUAUAGUGGCGGUGGGCAGCAUAGAAAAUAUGUGGAACUCCAAAGGUCGAAUAUGGGUCAUUCAGAUCUGGGUCGUGGUUGCGAUAUUUGCUCUGGCACUAGGUCCACCGAUAGCGGUAUAUAUUAGCGAGACCACCGCCGGGUGGAGGUGGAUCUAUGCUGGCGCCGCCAUUUGUAUGGGGAUCAUGACGGUAUCUUGCUUCUUCAUGAAAGAGAGCAGACCUGCUCUGGUCCUGCGUCAGCAUGUGCGCGCCAUUGAGAAGGAGACCGGGUAUGAUGGGCUGUCGCUGGAUGAGGAGUUUGGCCUACCGACGAUGAGGGAGUUCGCGAGAACCAACCUGAUCCUGCCGGUGAAGCUGUGGUUCACCGAACUUUUGGUCUUCCUUGUAGCGCUCAUGGCCGCUGUGAGCUUUGGUUUCAUCUACCUCUUCGCAGAAGCAUUGCACGUGGUGUAUCAUUCUGGCUUCGGCAUGGACGAGAAGAGCAGCUCUCUGACUUUUCUUGCGAUCGGAGUCGGAGUCUGGUUCACCUUCAUCCCGCGACUGUACGACGUACACAUUACGAACGUCGAAGCAAGGAGAAAGCAGCCUUUGGAGCCGGAGGCCAAACUUCUCGGCUACUAUAUUGCGGCUCCGGUGCUGGCCGUUGGACUCUGGUGGUUUGCCUGCACCGUGCCGCCUCUGGUUCCAGAUCUUAGCAUCUGGGUAUCCAUGUGUGCAUUGGUACUGGUUGGGUAUGGCAUCGUCGAGUUCGACAGCGUUCUCUGCGCGUACCUCACCGAUACGUACACGUCGUACGCCGAAUCGGCAAAUGCUCCAGUGGCCUUUCUGCGAGCGGUCCUGAGCGGUGUCUUCCCAUUGUUCGCGCCCAAGAUGUUCAAGGGCUUGGGUGCGAAUAAUGCUCUCUUCUUGCUGGCAGCAAUCGCAACGGCCUUUUGUGGUAUUGCUAUCCUGUUCAAAUUCUACGCCAAGAGCAUCCGAGAGCGGUCUCCGUUCGCGCAGAAGACUGCCAUGACUGCGAUUUAG